AUGGGGGAGUCUCGGGCUGUGGUGGAAGAACUUCUGUCUCUGUGUUUGCAGAGAAUCUCCAUGGAGCAGUCAUCUAUAGACACUGAACGGGAGUUCCUGGAAAUGGCGAAGUCAUUUGAAGACAUGAGGAAACGCUGCUUGAUUGCAGAGUCCGAAUUAAAGAAAUACAAAGAGCUACUGGUGAAGUCUGACGUGGCCAAAGCUGCGCUGGACGUGAAACUGAAACAUGUGAGAAACCAGCUGGACCUGGAGAUGCAGAAACACCUGCGAGUGGAGCGAGACUUCCAGUACCUGCAGCGGCAGAUGCAGCUCAUGUGUGACAUCCUGGUCCAAGACUCAAAGUCCAGUUCCUAUUUAAACGAUGAACAGAAGUGUCUCCUCGCCACGUUCGAACACAAGAACCAAAACGGCACACUGCACCGGACCGGCAAGCGGUUGUGUGUAAUCGACGAGUCCUCAUUUUUAUCUCACUCGGAUAUCAGCUACGACCGAACAGAUGAUGACGUGGACUUGGACUGCACAGUCCUCAAACCCCUGAAGUCCAGAGCCAGAGAGAGGCGGCGAUCGUCUAUGGGAAAGAAGUGUAGGACCAAUGUCACCACUGAGGUCCAGACCCAGGUCCAGACCCAAGUCCAGGACCGGCUUCCUCUGGAGAAGGAGGUGGAAACCAUUGUCAAGGCUACAGUCCUCACUCAUGAGUCCGCUCAGAUCCACAUGGUGGUGGGGGUGACCCAGAACCAGGGGCCCCGGCUGAGUCAGGAAAUGUCUCUAGUCCAGGCAGACCAGACAUCUGUUUGGCAACCCUCUGAGGACACAAUAGAACCGGAGACCGUGACCCGCACCGAGGAGUUCUUCAGGAACAACUCCAGCUCCAGUGCCUUCUCCAACAUCUGCAGCAGAACCCCCAUGCGAGGCCAGACGCCCGGCAAGACCGGCUACAACAUGAGCAACAGCACAGCCACCACCAAACACGUCUUCAUCCACAAAACGGUGAUCCGUCCAGAGUCGUGCUGCGGCUGCGGGAAGAGGAUGCGUUUUGGAAAGGGGGUGGUGAAGUGCCGAAACUGCAGAGUGGUGGUUCAUCCCGAAUAUGUGAGGCAGCUCCAGCUCUCUGCCACUCUGCCUAUCGUUAGGGAGAUCAGACCAUCACCUCCGUGCGAUUCAAUCUCCCCCGCUGUCACAAAUGUCAGCACCUCUCAGCUCAAAACGCACCUCGCCAUGAUAUAUAUUGGUUGUCGUAGCGAGAUGGAGAAAUAG